AUGGCAUCCAAAGAUGCGGCUGCUGAAGCCCCUCGUGCCCACCGGAUCCCGCACUGGCGUCUCCUCGUCGACCAGGGCGUCGUGACCUCCGAAAUCAUCGAGUAUCCCUACGUGGGCGCCGGCACCGACGAUGAUCCGUUCAUCGUGGAAUGGAUCCCCAACGAUCCGCGCAACCCUAUGCUCUUCGGCAAGAACCUGAAAUGGGCCUACACCAUCACCGUCGCCUUGGCCACCUUCGGCGUCUCCCUCGCGUCCUCUGCGUAUGCUGGCAGCAUCGAGGAAGUCCUCAAGUCUUUCGGUAUCGGCCAGGAGCUGGCCACGCUGGGCGUGUCCCUGUUCGUGCUGGGUUUUGCCGUCGGGCCGCUGGUCUGGGCGCCGCUGAGUGAGCUCAUCGGGCGGCAGAUCAUCAUGUUCAUCUCGUACUUUGCCCUGGCGGCUUUCUGCGCGGGGGCCGCCGGUGCGCAAAACAGCUGGUCAUUGAUCAUCCUGCGCUUCUUCGCGGGGUCCUUUGGCUCCUCGCCUUUAACCAAUGCGGGUGGUGUCAUCGCCGAUAUCUUCCCCGCUGAUCAGCGCGGUUUGGCAACCAGUCUGUUCGCCGGCGCUCCUUUCCUCGGACCAACCCUCGGCCCCGUCAUCGGCGGAUUCCUCGGCGAAAACGCCGGCUGGCGCUGGGUGCAAGGCUUCCUGGCGACCUUCACCGGACUCAUCUGGAUCGUGACCAUCUUCCUCGUCCCCGAAACCUACGCGCCCGUCCUCCUGCGCAAACGCGCCGACAAACUCACCCAGCUCAGCGCCGGCCAGCACAUCUACCGCAGCAAACUGGACCUCGAGCGCGGCCGCGUCUCCGUCGCCACGGCCUUCGGCUCCUCCCUCCUCCGCCCCUGGAUCCUCCUCUUCGCCGAACCCAUCGUCCUGCUGCUCUCCAUCUACAUGGCCAUCAUCUACGGCACCCUCUACAUGCUCUUCGACGCCUUCCCUAUCGUCUUCCAGAACAUUCGCGGCUGGAGCCAAGGCAUCGGCUCGCUCCCUUUCCUCGGCGUCAUGACCGGCAUGAUGAUCGCCGUCGGCUGCAACAUGUACGACAAUAAACGCUACGUCCGCGAACACCAGAAACACCGCGGUUUCGCGCCCCCGGAGGCCCGCCUCCCACCUACCAUGGUCGGCGCCGUCGCCAUCCCCAUCGGCCUCUUCUGGUUCGCCUGGACCAACGGCCCCAACGUCCACUGGAUCGUGUCCAUCAUCGCCUCCGCCCCAUUCGGCUUCGGUAUGGUCCUCGUCUUCCUGGGAAUCAUGGUGUACCUGAUCGACGCGUACACUAUCUACGCGGCUAGCGUCCUCGCCGCGAACUCUAUCAUCAGAUCGUGUUUCGGCGCUGGGUUUCCUCUCUUCACGACGUACAUGUACAACAACCUGGGCAUUCAUUGGGCGUCGUGUAUUCCUGCCUUCUUAGCUCUGGCGUGUCUCCCGUUCCCGUUCAUCUUCUAUAAGUAUGGAGCGGCGGUGCGCAAGAAGUGCAAGUAUUCGGCGGAGUCGGAUGCGUUUGUGCGCAAGUUGGCGGAGAAGACCUUGACGUCUGGUGGGGAGGAGGAGAAAGUGACUGACAAGGAAGGUGAGGCCGUGGUGGAUCGAGAGGGUGUGGAUAUUGAGCAUGAGCAUGAGCACGAACAUGACCUGGAGAGAGCGGAUACCGCGUCGACGAGUAGCGACGACGGACAGUUGCGAGGCACCUACGAAGCGAGCCCGUACGAUAUUGACCGCGUGAAUACGCGCAAUUCGGCGAUUACGCAGCGGUCGCGAUCGCGAUCGACGAAGGGGAGGAAGCGCUUUGGGAUCUUUUGA